AUGCUGUAGUUACUUUUGGCUGAGGGUUUCACAUUACAGCGACUAUUCUCAACUCACGCAGUUAUGUAGCCUGAGGGGGGGGACAUGCCCAGUGCUGCAGCGCAGAGCUGCUGAGGAGAGAGAGACAAGCUUUGUUCUGCCUCCACACACACACACGCACACACACGCACACACGCAUUUUGUACUGGAUGCACGGAGAGGAUCGUGACAUUUUGAUUUCCUCCUCUUGCAGCCUUCGCCAUUCCCUGCUACAUGGCCACGUUCGCCCGCAGCGCGCCUCUGCCGGGGAGAAGCGCACUUGUUGAGGAUCCGCAAUCUCAAGAGAUGGUGCAGAGGAGCCGCAGCUUGGCGGAGAAGAUCCUGCUCGCCAUUCCCGACGCGCACAAAUCCUGCAUUCGCUCCGAGGCCCUGCAGCUCAGUUCCUCAGAAAAUGCAAAGCUUGUGCUGAUGGCGGCCACCAUCGGCAUCCCCUCCGCUCCUGUGCUCAGAGCGGUGUCAGAAAACUUCACUUUGGAGACCUGUUUGAGACGUAUGUCUGAGGGUGUCCAGCUGCACCGGGCCUUGCUGACCUCUGUCUCCCCCCGCCUGGAAAGCAAAGACAAAGUGACCGAGCUGCUGGCCGACAUCAGAGACCUUGGCAUUCAGAUCAAUAAGAUUCUGAAAAUGGUCCAAGGAGAGGCCGUGCUGCCGCCCACACCAACCCCCGUCGCCUUAAGCCUGCCAGGGGACUAUGAGGUUCAGGUGGCGGCGCACCUGACUCUUGUGCAGCUCCAGUCCUUUGGGCAGGACAUGAUCCGCUGCCUAAGGAGUCUGGACCUGAGCAAUGAGGAGACAGAGAGCUGACCAAUAGGUGCCAUACCCUGACCGCUUUUGGCACGUGUCCAGAACGCACCUUAGCCUGCCAUUUUUUAUUAUGGCAUUUAUUUAUUUAUCUGUUAAAAUAAUUUAUUAUUUGUAUCUAUUUUUAUUUAUAUAUAUUUAUUGAAUUGGAAUGUGGAAUAUUUAUUUAGGGAAUUUAUUUUUGAUAGCAAAGCUUGAUAUCUGUUAGUCCUCUUUUCAUUGACAGCUGAGAUAACUUCUGCUCUGCUGACCUCUUCAAGUGCUUCAUUAAGGCUACCUUACAUGGCAGGAACAGAAAAUUAAAUCAUCCUCCAGUCUGACUAAAACAAACAACAUAUAUAAGUAUAUGUGUAAAAAAAAAAUCAAUAAUAAUUCAUAAAAAGAAUAAUGUGUAGCUAAACAGGAAGUUUCAAGUACUUUAUUAACACUCAUUUUAGGGGACUGGGGGCACAUUAAGGACUAAUCAAUGAUUAAAACAUUCUGCAAAAUGUUUAAAUGAAACUCUUAUUUUUGUAUGAAUCUGUU